AUGAGCUACUGGGGCAACUACUAUGGAGGUCUGGGCUACGGCUACAGUGGCCUAGGCUGUGGAUAUGGCUGUGGCUAUGGUGGCUAUGGCUGUGGCUAUGGCUGUGGUGGCUAUGGCAGCUAUGGCAGCUAUGGUUAUGGCUGUUGCUGCCCCCUGUGCUGUAGAAGAUACUGGUCCUCUGGCUUCUACUGA